AUGAAGCUCACCUUCAAGGAUCUGAAGCAGGAGAAGUUCGUGAUCGAUGUCGAGCCUUCUGAGACUGUUCGAGAAGUGAAGGCAAAGAUUGCUCAGGAAAAGGGCGAAUAUGACGCGGAGCGAAUGAAGGUCAUCUAUUCUGGCAAGAUUUUGCAGGAUGACAAGACGGUCGAGUCUUACAGCAUUCAAGAGAAGGAUUUCCUAGUCUGCUUGCCCGCCAAGGGUCCUAAGCCUGCCGCCUCCGCCUCGAAGGCUCCCUCCACCCCGGCUGCCAGAGCCCCCGCUUCCACCCCCGCUGCUCCUGCUCCUGCUGCCCCUGCCGCUGCUUCCACCCCCGCGGUUCCUGCGACACCUACUCCGGCUGGCGCAGGUGCGGGCGAUCAGCCCGCUUUCGGCGACCCUUCCGCGUUGACCAUGGGCACUGACGCCGAGAACGCAAUCAACCAGAUGGAGAACAUGGGAUUCGCCAGAGCCGAUGCCGAGCGUGCUAUGAGAGCUGCAUUCUUCAAUCCGGACCGUGCGAUUGAAUACCUCCUAAGCGGUAUUCCCGAACAACCUGCGCAGGAGCCGCAACAUGAGCAGACUCCGGCACGUGGCGCUGAAUCUGACAACGAUGAUGCUGCCGCCGCUGCCGCUGCGCUCGCUAGUGCUGGUGAGGAUGGUGGUUUCAACAUGUUUGAAGCAGCUGCUCAGGCCGGCGAUGGUGGUGGCCGCGGUGGUCGUGGGGGUGAAGCUCUGGGCAACUUGGAUUUCCUGCGCAACAACCCCCACUUCCAGCAGCUUCGCCAGCUCGUCCAGCAGCAACCGCACAUGCUUGAGCCCAUUCUGCAGCAGGUCGCAGCAGGCAACCCUCAGAUUGCCGCGAUGAUUGGUCAGAACUCGGAGCAGUUCCUGCAGCUGUUGAGUGAGGAUCUCGGUGAGGAUGAGGAAGGCCAGCUGCCCCCAGGCACGCAAGCCAUCUCAGUCACAGAGGAAGAACGGGAUGCCAUCGAGCGUCUCUGCCGUCUUGGCUUUCCCCGCGACUCAGUCAUCCAGGCGUAUUUCGCCUGCGAUAAAAACGAGGAACUUGCCGCCAAUUUCCUCUUUGAUCAGCCCGACGAGGAGGAAGAGUAA